AUGAAUAGCGACAAUAAACCAGAUAUUGUUGUUACAAGCGCUAUUUCGAACACCGUCAGUGUUCUUUUCAACACAGGCAACGGCACCUUUGAUACUCAAACUACUUACACAGUUGACGGUAGCCCUCAAGCAGUAGCAGUCGUCGAUGUGAAUAGCGACAAUAAACCCGAUAUUGUUGUUAUGUAUUAUGGCGAUAACACUGUUGAUGUUCUUUUCAACACAGGCACCGGCACCUUUAAUACUCAAACUACUUACGCAAUUGAUAAUCAUCCUGCAAUCCUAGCAGUUGUCGAUGUGAAUAGCGACAAUAAACCAGAUAUUGUUGUUGUGAGCUUUGACGAUAACACUGUUGGUGUUCUUCUCAACACAGGUACCGGCACCUUUAAUACUCGAAUUACUUACACAGUUGGCGACAGUCCUACAGGAGUAGCAGUCGUCGAUGUGAAUAGCGAUAAUAAAUCCGAUAUUGUUGUUGCACACUUGAAUAGAGCCGUCGGUGUUCUUCUCAACACAGGCAAUGGCAUAUUUAAUGCUGAAACUACUUAUGCAGUUGGUACUUAUCCAAUUUCAGUAGCAGUCACCGAUGUGAAUGGCGAUAAUAAACCCGAUAUUGUUGUUGCAAACAAUGGUGAUAGCACCGUCAGUGUUCUCCUAUACUGUUAA